GUUCCCUUUUAUCAUAUCUAAUAUUAUCUAGUCUUAGUUUAUACUUAAACUUUCAUAUCUAAGUUUACACUUUAGCAAGUAAACAAGCAAUUCAUAUUUUCUUCUUACAAUGCUUUGAGUGUUCACCAUAAUGAUGUAUCAACAUGAAUGGUUGGGGAGCAUUUUAAGACAUCUUGUGUUUUAGUUUUUAUUUCCUGGAGCCCAAACACUUCGCAGUGACCUUACUGUGGUUCUGUCUUUUGAUAAACAGGUUUCUAUGGCUUCAAACAGUCUGUUUAGCAGCAGCAGCCCGAUGCUGUACUGGGAUCCAGUAGGGAAGCGUCGACCAACACCACCACCCAACAGCCGUCAACUCGACGUUCAGGAAGUGAGGUCCUUUAACCAGCGCAGCACAGCGCCACUCAGAGGCCUGGUGCAGACUGACAGCCCAAACUUCCUCUGCAGCAGCCUGCCACAGCACUGGAGGUGCAACAAGACCCUGCCGAGAGCCUUCACUGUGGUUGCCCUGGGCGACGACGUGCCAGAUGGCGUGGCUGUCACAGUGAUGGCUGGCAACGAAGACAACAGCAGCGCCGAGCUGCGCAACGCCACAGCAACCAUGAAGCAUGGCUACGCCCACUUUAAUGACCUCCGCUUCAUAGGACGCAGUGGGAGAGGCAAGAGUUUCACACUUUCCAUCAAUGUGCUGACGUCGCCCCCUCAGAUCGCCACCUUACACAGAGCCAUCAAGGUCACUGUAGACGGACAGCGGCUGCCAAGACGUCAGAGGCAGAAGGAGGUGAGGAUGGGAGCGUUCAGGUCAUCCAGCGGCAGCACUGCACCAUCAGAUUGCAGAGCCUUUUCCUCCUCUCUGUGGACCAAUGAGCCAUCGUUCCUGGGUCAGGUGACCUCUCUGAGUUCUUCCUUCACGCCAAGUCCCAGACUGCACCAUCUGCCUGCCCUGUCUUACCCCACCCAGCCCACACCCUAUAGCUCGUACCUGACUUCUCCUCCUCCUCCUCCCCCUCCGCUAAGCCACAGUGGUCCAUUCCAGCCAGGCAACUUCUACUACGGACCAAAUCAACCGCUCCAAACCCCAGGGGAGGACCGCAACAUUGUCACAGCACUGACCAAUUAUAUCGAGGGGGCUUGUCUUUCUAUAAGAGGGGAGGAGCCUGUCUGGAGGCCUUAUUGA